AUAGAGAGAGAAAGACAGAGAUAGAGAGAGAGAGAGAGUGAGAGAGAGAGAGAGAGAGAGAGAGAGAGAGCGUAGUCACACCUGAGGAAGUUAACAAAACAACCGAAGGAGAACAAAAGACGCGUCAUAUCGAAGGAUGGGACUUGUGCAUUGUUGUGUGAUUGUCUUGAUGUUAUCCGCACAGUUGGUGCUAACCCUUCCUCAGGGAUACAGUAUGAACAGCGGGAUGUGUAAAAUGUGCCCUGCAGGUGAGUAUCAGGAGUCUUGUACAGAGUGCAAGCCCUGCCCUGCUGGAAGUUACACGGCAAAAACGAACCGAGACGACGAAUGCCUUCGCUGCUCCGGAGACUGCAAACAAGUUUACAAUCUGAAGGUGGUUCAGAACUGCACCAGCAAGUCUGAUGUGGUGUGUGUCUGUGAGGACGGUUUCACAUGCACUAACAGGGUCCCACACUCAGCAAACUGCAGAUUCUGCAAGAAGAUCCAGGAAACAACCACAACUGAAGCAGCCGCCAUUACCUCAAGAAGAGAUAAACACACACAUUCCUCAGCUUCCCCAGGACAUAGCAUCACGUCUGCCAAACCCUGCCAGUUUCCCAAGUGUGGCACUGACUCAGCAGCAGGAGAUGACACACAUCUCAAAAAUGACAACAUGACCAGUAAGUUGGCAGCCAUCUUGUGUCCCUUGGUCAUCGUGACCUGUGUGGCCCUUGUGGUACUGUUCAUCGUUCGUCGGCCGGGAGAGGAAUCAUGUUUCAAACAUGCCUUUGCAUUGCUGUUAUGCAAUGAGGGAGGUAGAGAUGCUUCUCACAAGUCGCAAGAAUCAACUCAUCAGUUCCCCAGAGACUCAUUCAGUGCAAAGCAGCAUCCAUCAUCUCUUUCAGCAGCCAAUCUUGGUCCAGUCCAUGUACACAAUCCAGGGACGGUCAUCUUUAGCCUGCUCAGUCAGUUUACAGGCCAAGUUGGUCCGACAAUUGAAGGUGGGAAGACAGCUGAAAGGGGGAGCGGCGAAGAAGAAGAAGAAGAAGAAGAAGAAGAAGACGAGAGGGGUUGUCCUGUGUUUCAUCCAACAUCCUCUCCCAGUAUUCAUCUCUCUGAGGAGGAGAGAAGUGGAGAGAUUGACUGCAUUUUCUUUCCCUCACAGGAGCAGGGGAAGGACUGCCAUGUGUCCAAAGAGGAGGUGCUAUAAUGCAUUGUAAAAAUGCCAGAAGAUUUAGGUUGGUGGUUAUGGCCGCCAGCGACAAGACUGAUCCUAAAAACAUUAUUUUCAAGGAAGGAACCAUAAAUCCACAGAUGAGUGUGGCUCAGAUUCAUCCUCGCCAGGCAAACUGUGAAUCACAGUGUUGUACAGAGAUAUUUUUGUCUGCAGGUUCUGGGAAAUCUAGUUGUGGGUGCACACGAGAAACUUUAACUCUGGGAGGAACAGCUGGGAGGUGACCUCCUUUUUAACUUAUGACUUAAAAUGUCUUGUAAAUAUUCCUUAAUAAGCUCUGUCAGCCCUCUCUUAAGUAUAAGACCUAAAUUUUUGAUGUUCUGCAUGAAUGUUAUACAUUAUGAUUUCAAUAAAAGUUUUAUUUUGAACUAAA